CGCCACGAUGCAGAUGCAGCCGGGGCUCUGGCUCCUCCUGGCCACGCAGCUGGCAGAUGUCAGUGACCCCAAAACACUGAAGAACCUCUACUCUGCUAAAAAAGCAGUAUGGUGUUUGGGAAGAAAAGAGAAGGGUCAGCAGGCAUUUGGGCCCCAGCUCUCCGUGGCAGCUUGGGACUCCAGCAGACUCCCAGGUCCAAAACGGUUCAGACCAAUGAAAUGGUGAUAAUGACCUGUGAAGCCAAAACCUCCCCCACCAGCACACGCAUCUACUGGCUGAGACAGCGCCAGCCUCCAAGCCCAGACAGUCACUAUGAGUACCUGGCCUUCUGGAAUCCCAUAAAAGGGACUGUGUAUAACCCGGAAGUGGAGCAAAAGAAGCUAACUGUGUUUCCGGACGCAACCCGGUCCAUUCUCAAUCUCACAAGUGUGAAGCCUGCAGACAGUGGCGUCUACUUCUGCAUGACCAUUGGGUCCCCCGAGCUGACCUUCGGGAAGGGAACUUGGCUGAGUGUGGUUGAUGUCCUUCCCACCACUGCCCAGCCCACCAAGAAGCCCACCUCCAAGAAGAAAGUGUGUCGGCCCUCAAACCUGGUAACUCAGAAGGGUGAGUUCUCCCAUUCUCCUGGCCCCUCAGAAGCAGAGCAGCCCAUCGUGCGGCUUCCUCACCCUCGGCCUGCUGGGGGCUGGAGUCCUUGUUCUGCUGGUGUCUUUGGGUGUGGCCAUCCACCUACACUGCCUGCAGAGGAGAGCCCGGCUUCGCCUCCUGAAACAGUUUUAUAAAUGAGCAGAAAACAUGCUUUUGGUGUCCUGCUACAAAAAUACGAUGGUCAGUAAUGAGCGAGAUCUGGAAAAAUGAGAGAGAAGGGACACGCUCAACUCACUCAGUUGUGGAAAUUUCACUGACCUGCUGAAGUUGCCUGCUUUUAACUACUGCAAGUUCUUUCUGUGGGCCUCACGCAUGGGAGCAACUUGUGAGUUGGUCAUCGGGAAUCAGAGAGAAGGCUUCAGAGCCCCAGGACACUUCCUGCAACUUCCUGCAAAUGAGUAAGAAGUGCUGCCAUAACACCACUUCUAGCUCCUGUCCUCACCCUGCGCUGGGCUGGGACCCUUGUGUUGGCCGUCCGGCCACCUUCUCGCAAGUUACUUUGCCCUGGUAGGGUAGUGACAUGGAGUCCCGAGUCUCUCAUGGGAUGGUGCCGGGGUGGCUCCUCCUCAGACUUCCCAGGCGGGGGUCACCGUCCUCACUGAGAGCCCCAGGGACCAGACCAUGCUUGGAAACGUGCUUUCUGUGAAGGGCUGAUUCAAUCUCCCAAAUCAUUUUCAGUCUCCAGGGAAAGCUAGAGUUUGGGGCGGGAACUUGUGGUUUGGGAGCCGGAGGUCACUUAACCUCCUAUUAGGAAGUGCUUCGGCUUUCACUUCUGCUCUCCCAUGGCUUGUAUAUUUCUUCUCUCACUUUCUAUUCCUUUUAUGAAAAUGUCUUGGUUGUAAAAAUAAAAUCCUGAAUAAAAGAUGCGAACAGCUCCUGUGAUGUAAAAGCACAAAGCCCAUCUGUACAGCAAAGAUGUUGACGCUC